AUGCUGCAGCCAGAGAGAAAUGGAGUAAGGGUUAUGAUCCUCUUCCGCCUGUCGAAGAUACCAGAUAAGCAUAUAAUGAAACACUGGACAAGAGACGCAAAUGAUGUUUUUCCUGCACAUUUGGUCAGGUACAAUAAAGACAGAGGGCCUCCUUCAAGUGAUACAUUCAGACAUCACACAAUGUACACGAAGGCACUAGAAUGCGUGCUGCUUGGCGAUAGCAAUGUUAGGUGCUAUGAUGUUUUCAUGACCAUGAUGAAGGAGGUGCAAGCCACUCUGUUGCCAUUAAGCGCCGAGAAGGACGGGAUGGGGCUAGCAGAGAGGGAGCAACAAAAUCAGGUUUUAGUUCAGAAACAGGCAGAGACGCUUCAGAUCCAAGGGGGCAGCACCAAGCCUGCUUGUGAUGGUGAAUCAAGCUGUUCAGGGAUAGCUGGGCAGCAGAAUAAGCGCCCGAGAGGCAGACCUACAACUAGCCGGGACAAAGCUCCUUACGAGCAACAGUUGAAAAGAUCAAGGUUUUGCACGAUUUGCAGGGGGCAAGGUCACAAGUGCACAACUUGCCCAGAAAGAGGCGACGUGCCGAAAAUGCCGAGGAAAUUGCCGAAGUGUACAAAUUGUGGUGUGCUUGGGCAUCGACGCAAUAACUGUGGCACGAGGAAAUCUGGACCUUUUGAACCGAACUUUCUCUAA